AUGUUUCGGCGGCUAGAAGAAUUCGUUACGUCGUACGGGAACUUUGGAAAGUGUUUUAACUGCGACGAUCCAUGCGAAUCUACGGGUGUGAUCAGAGGAAGAAGAUUCUGCGAGGGAUGCAAGGAAUUAAAUUAUCCGAAGGAAGACACCAUUUUCCGAGAGUCGGACGCAACAUUCAAAUGUCGUGCAGAAAACUGUGGAGCGGAGAAACUCUCUUUUCGAGAAUUCUUCAUUGGAUCUUGUUGUGAGGCCGCUUUGGCGAAAGAACCUUAUGAUUUUAUUGCUGCAAAAGACGAGCACGAAAUAAUCAACAAGAUCUAUCUACAAACGAAAAAAGAAAGACAUUCUUCUUUGACAGCGUCCUUCUUUGCCAAAAGAGAACUGCGAUCAGCGCGCGAAUCAUUGAAAAAAGCUCAAGAGAAUGUUUUAACGGCAGAAGAUAAAUGCAAAUCUACUGCGUUGAACGUCUGCAAACUGAGGAGUUUGCAUGAAAAAAGUGAAAAACGAGUGCUUCUUGUUACCAAAGUUGCCUUUCAGCGUCAUGUUUUAUAUUCAGAAUGGCCUGCAGCUAAGAAAGCAAGACACGAUGAAGUGAACGAGAAACAUCAGUGCAGGAUCUGCCUACAUCCCUACGAUGACGACCGCCAAGAAGCAAUCAUUAUCCCUUGCGCGCACAAGUUCUGCUUUUACUGCAUCGCGGCCCUCCAUGAGAAGAAGUGUCCAAACUGCCGGGCCUACUUCACUGUCAAAGAUGUCUACAAAACUCAUUGA